GGAAACUACACCUUCCUUUCUCCACCUCAUAAAGAAAAAUAAAAAAAUAUAUAAAAAAGGGAGGAUGAUUGAUAAAAGGCAAAUAAGAUGAACAUGCAUCGUGAUAUACUAACUAGAGAGUACAAUUGUAAGCAACUCUUCCUCAUACAGCCUUGAUUCCAGGCUUCUCUCUGUCCUCGAGCGAUCAUGAACAGGAAUCUCAGAGAGUCUCUUGCCGGUGGGAGGAACACUCCUGCGAUCUCUCAGUUUCGCAGAGGCAAUAAUAAUAAUAAUAAUAACAUCUCUCAGAAUGGUUUCUCUAGAGAUUCCGAUGAGAAUUUGGAUCUCUUCUCCAAGAUCCGUCGCUCUUUCCCGUUGUCUUCGGCCGAUGAAUUACCCGACGUUUCUGCUAAACUCGGGAGGCUCUCUGUCGGAUCCAAACCAGUUCCAAGAGGCAAAGGUGAUGAUCUCUUGUCCUCUGCUGAAGGAGGCAAAAAUGAUUAUGACUGGCUUCUUACUCCUCCUGGAACACCUCUUGGAAACGAUUCUCAUUCAUCUUUGGCUGCUCCAAAGAUUACUACACCUUCUGCUAGAGCCAGCUCUGCUUCAAAGGCAUCAAGGCUUUCGGUUUCACAAUCUGAGACCAGUUACCACUCCACACGUCCAGCUAGAAGCAGCUCCGUGACGCGCCCAUCCAUUUCCACUUCACAAUACAGCUCAUUCACUUCAAACCGUUCACCAUCAUCCAUCUUGAACACUAGCUCAGCUUCAGUCUCAUCUUACAUCAGACCUUCAUCCCCUAGCUCCCGUUCCUCAUCUUCAGCUAGACCUUCCACUCCCACACGCACUACUUCUGUAUCACGUGCCUCAACUCCUUCCAGAAUCCGUCCAGGGUCAUCUAGUUCAUCCAUGGACAAGCCUAGACCGUCUCUGAGCUCAAGACCAUCGACUCCAACUUCAAGACAACAGAUCACAGCUAACUCACCAAACAUAGUUUCUUCUAGACCAAACUCUCGUCCUUCAACACCUACACGUCGAACCCCAUCCAUCUCCUCUGCAUCUGCAACUUCAGGAUCAAAUAUUUCAACCGGACGUGGAGCAACAAACGGUCGUGUCACACCUUCAUCGUCUAGGCCUAGCUCUCCUGGACCUAGAGUUCGAACCACACCGCAACAGCCGAUUGUGUUAGCAGACUUCCCUCUUGACACACCACCUAAUCUCAGAACAAGUCUCUCGGGAAGACCAGUAUCAGCAGGCAGGUCUAGGCCAGUCACUGGUAGUAGCAUCACAGCAAAGGCAAGUCCAGAACCCAAAGGUCCCUUGACGAGAAGGAACUCAUCUCCUGUUGUGUCUAGAGGAAGACUCGUAGAGACUCAAGGAAAAGGCCGUUUUGGUGGUAACUUGGAUGCACCUGAGCCUCGAAGGAUUUCAAACGUUGCUGAUGUAACUUCACGGAGAACCUUGAAGACUACUUCUUCAACUGUCACUGAUAAUAACAACGGGCUUGGGAGGUCUUUCUCAAGAAGUUCACUAGAUAUGGCCAUUAAGCACAUGGACAUAAGAAACGGGAAGUCAAACGGUUGUGCACUAUCAACAACAACGUUAUUCCCUCAGAGUAUAAGACAAGCCUCGUCCAAGAUUCAGCCAAUCCGUUCAGGGCAUAACCAUUCGGAUUCUAUUAGCAGUAGCAGUGCAGAGAAUGGGAACGAAGCAAACGAGGGAAGAAGACUGAUGGGGAAGUUGAGUGAUAUGGACAUGUAUGAGAGCUCAAGGUAUGACGCUUUGUUGCUGAAAGAAGACGUCAAGAACACAAACUGGUUACAUAGCAUUGAUGAUAGGUCAUCAGAUCACGGACUCAUGUUUGACAAUGGAGGAUUCGAGCUGCUUCCUGAGCCCUUUGGCCCACUAUAACACACAAACACACUCAUCACAAGUAAACGAACUUUUUUUCAAAAACCACUUUUCUCUUCUUUUUUUGUUUCAUUUAUUUAUUACACAAUUUGUUUGCUUGUGGAAAGAGACGGAUUAUCAGAUAUAUAAGGGUUCUUGGUUCUUUGGUUAUUGAUUCUUGAGUAAGGUUUGUAACUUUGUAGUUAUCUAAAUAUUUUGAAGAGAUGGUAACGUAACGUGGGACCUUCAAGCUCUAUCUUCUUGGCAUUUAUACUUUAAUAUAGAAAUGAGAAUGUGAAAGACGAAAGAAAAGGCUCUCAUGCGGGUAACGUGAUGAAUCUGAGAUACAGCUGAAGUUAAUAAUGAUAGACAGCAAAGCACAACCAACAACGCCAGUAGUUUUUUGUAAUUUUAUUCCAUAAAUUGAC